CGGCGGACGAGCGAGCGCGCAGCAGCCGGUGCGCGGCCGCGGCGAGGGCGGGGGAAGACGAGCACCCUGUUUCCUCUCCGGCCCCCACCGCGGAUCAUGUACCAGGAUUAUCCCGGGAACUUUGACACCUCGUCCCGGGGCAGCAGCGGCUCUCCUGCGCACGCCGAGUCCUACUCCAGCGGCGGUGGCGGCCAGCAGAAGUUCCGGGUAGAUAUGCCUGGCUCGGGCAGUGCCUUCAUCCCCACCAUCAACGCCAUCACCACCAGCCAGGACCUGCAGUGGAUGGUGCAGCCCACGGUGAUCACCUCCAUGUCCAACCCCUACCCUCGCUCGCACCCCUACAGCCCCCUGCCGGGCUUGGCCUCGGUUCCCGGACACAUGGCCCUCCCGAGACCUGGUGUGAUCAAGACCAUUGGCACCACCGUGGGCCGCAGGAGGAGAGAUGAGCAGCUGUCCCCUGAAGAGGAAGAGAAGCGUCGGAUCCGCAGGGAGAGGAACAAGUUGGCCGCAGCUAAGUGCCGGAACCGACGCCGGGAGCUGACGGAGAAGCUGCAGGCGGAGACAGAGGAGUUGGAGGAGGAGAAGUCGGGCCUGCAGAAAGAGAUUGCCGAGCUGCAGAAGGAGAAAGAGAGGCUGGAGUUCAUGUUGGUGGCCCACGGCCCGGUGUGCAAGGUGAGCCCGGAGGAGCGCCGCUCGCCCCCGGCCACCGCACUGCCGCCCAUGCGCAGUGGGGGCGGCGCGGUGGGCGCCGUGGUGGUGAAGCAAGAGCCCCUGGAAGAGGACAGCCCCUCGGCGUCUGCAGCGGGGCUGGACAAGGCCCAGCGCUCGGUCAUCAAGCCCAUCAGCAUCGCGGGGGGCUUCUACGGGGAGGAGCCCCUGCACACCCCCAUCGUGGUGACCUCCACUCCCGCCAUCACCCCGGGCACCUCGAACCUCGUCUUCACCUACCCCAGCGUCCUGGAGCAGGAGUCGCCCGCAUCGCCCUCCGAGUCCUGCUCCAAGGCGCACCGCAGGAGCAGUAGUAGCGGGGACCAGUCCUCGGACUCCUUGAACUCCCCGACUCUGCUGGCCCUGUAACCCAGCCGCCUCUCCCGCCAGCUCCAGAGGGGCCCUCAGCACCGCCGCCUCCCCAGGGACCAGCACCUUGAAGCCUCUGGGGCCCUCGAGGACCAGAGCUCCCUGCUGGGGAGCUGCCCGGCUCUGCUGGACAGCUGGGACCCCGGCUGGGGCGGCACGGGGCGGGGGUGGGGACGUGGUCAGUCUCCGGGAGGCCACGGGGCUUCCCUGUCCUGCGUCUUGCAAGCAAAUCCUGUUUCUUGAAAGUCCUCGGAGCACCUGGCCUGCGGACUGGGCGACGCCGGCUUCGAGGAGCCUGGAAACCACGCUGCGCUUCCCGCCCCGCCAAGCAUGCGCAGUGCCUUUUGGGUCCUCCUCCCCUCACCUCCUUGUCAGUUUCGCUCCCUCCUGGUUUUUUUUUUUUUAAUCGAGUUUGCCACGACAUUUCAUCCGGGUGGUCUGAGUAGUGAGACUCUUGUUUCUGGACAUGGGGCAGCAAAUGACUCCUGCGCUGGGGCGGACUGUGCAGAAGGGGACGGUCAAGUGCAAUACGGAACCCUCGGUCCCCCAACGCUCCCAGGCACGCCGGCAUCUCUGGAACCAGCGGUGGGGCUCCCUGGGCUCGCGAGGGAGAGCCCCCUUCCUUCACUGGCAACCUCCUGGCCCUCGGAGCAGCGGCACAGCCGGAAGACAGGGUGUGAGAGAGACAGCCCGGACACAGGUUGGGUUUGGCAAGCGCCUAAUUACCAGGCCAGGAAUAGUGCCAACAAAGCCACCCGGGUGUUCUAGCCAGCUUCCCCUCCCCGUGUCUUGAGCAGGGUGUCCCCUGUAAUUACUGUCUCGCUGCUCUGCCCCUAGACCCUCGUCCCUGCCUAGGCACCGCACAGCACUCCAAGUCCCUGCGUGCCUCCGCCCUUCUCCUCAGGGUGACGCCACCCACGGAGACUUAAUGAGCGUGGGCCUGGACCCUCCCCAGACUGCUGCUGGGCGGCUCCUCCCCAGGCCUCAUGGAGGAGGAGCCCCUGCAGGCACAGUGGAUGGAAAGACCGGGUGAGCCUGGAGGCCGCCACUGGGGUGCACCUACAGUGGCAGCCCCUGGCCCGCUUGGCCCCUCAACAAGGCAUUGGCCUCUUCUGCCCUCUGCUGUCUUCUGUCACCUAUGGACCAAGUGCUUUCUCUCUGCACACCCCCUGCCCCCCACCCCAGCGCAUGCUUCUGGCCCAGGCAGCAAGCUGAGAGCAGCCAUCGCCUGGGUUAUGGCUUAGGUGCCGUUCCUGGUUGGCUGGCAGAUCUUUCCGGCUGCUGCAGUUGGAGCUUCCCACUGGGGGACAGCCGCCCCUUCCCAUGGGUGUAGGAGGCCCGGGAGGGUCCCCACCCCGACUUCUAGCAAGAGCACAGCUCCGUGGGGUCUUCUCACCCCCCCCCCCCUGAGCCUUUGCUCCCCAGGGCAUGGCUCCCGGGGAGCAUCCUGUCAGGGCAGUGACACAUGUCCUGGGCUGUGGCUCUGGUUAGCUGUGGCCUCUGCAGGGCCACGCUAUGAGGGGGCACUCUGCCCGUGGUGACUGUGUCUGCCAUCUAAAAUGAGACAUCCAUGUCAUGGAAACCAAACCCAGCCAGGGUUGAUCCCCCAGUUUUCUGGAGCGGGCAGGGACACCUUCACACACCUGUUCCCUUUUUUGCACACUGAGGCCACGUGUGCUGUUCACUGUUUAAUUCCAUUGCCUGCUUCCAUGCAUCAGAUACACAGCAUGGACAAUCAAACUCCUGGCCCCACAGCCCAGUGGGUCUGCAAGGAUCAGCCAUGCAGAUAGGAGAGAUGAUUAGGGAGUUUGUUCAGAAUACUUAACAAUGUGCUGCGUGGCAUUCCUUGGUGGUGGUACCACCCUCAGGGUCUCCCAGCCGCUUUGCAAAGGGGUGCUCCUAAAAAGACUGGGCCAUUGGGUUAUGGGCUUCAGAUGAAUCGAAGAAGCACAAGGCAGCCGGUAGUAGCAGGAGACAGGCAAAGAAAAUGGGGUGCACUCGGCUCCAAGAGGCCUACCCCUCUCCAGGGCUGCUUGUAGCCAAGUGCGAGCUCUUUGCUUUCUUGCGCAUGUAGAUAUUUCUUAAAUGAAGCUGCUUCCUAGUCUGUCAUUUCCAAAAGCCCCUUUAUGUCCCAUUUGGUGCCGCCCGGAUCCCAGUGUGGGCUACAGUCUGUGACUCGGGGUCAGGCGGGACAUUCCUGAGAGUUCAGAUCUCAGGCUGUGUCGGCACAGGGACCAGCAGGAGGCCAAACCUGGCCAAUCCACAGGCUUUGUGGGGCCUCCCAGCUGCGCUCCCUUUCAAUACCCUCUGGCUUUGUCUCUGGAAGCUGUUUGGCUUCCCCGAAGCAAGAGGUUAUUUGGGGAAGGCUGAGUAUUCAGAGAGAGCGCCUCAGUUUCCUUCUUCCUGGCUUGCUCCCUCCCGCAGCCACUCGCCAGGCCCCAGCCUGCCGCUCCCUCCUCCAGGGCUGCCACUCUGGGGUGCUGGGCCGAGGGACUGCUCUGCUUCCCCGUGUCCCCAGCCCGGCAGCAGCUGGUGCGGACUCCCGAUGGGCUGCGGGCAGCUCUGGGACGGCAUAGGGCAGGGCUCCUUGACCGGCUAGUGUGGAUGGCUCAGUGCUCUGGGCCACCUGGAACCUCCGGCUCGGCAGUCGGGCAAGUUCUGGCACAGGAGAGGCAGGCGAUUCCAGGUGAAGCCUGAGCCACCUCCAAGUGCGGAGCUCCCUGGGGGAGGUUUUCAGGCUGAAUCCGGCACUGCUGUGCUGGGGGCAGGCGGGGCGGGAGGGAGGCCAGGUGUGUCUACUAGGACCAGUCCCAAGCAUCCCAAAGCCAAGAGCCAUGGGGCGGCUGCUGCUCUUUCUCAGGCUUCGCGGGGAGGAGUCUCAGCUCCCACUGCACUCCAGGGGUCGGGGAGGGCAGGGCGAGGCGGUUGACUGGAACGCUGAGCUCUUCUCCCUCUGAUGGCCUGCAGUGCCCCUUGUAGUCUCACCUUUCUCCCGGUCAGAUGUGCGUGGCCCUCUAGGAAGGAGAAGAGUACGCACCUCCCACAGGCACUAGGUUAGGCACUUUUCUACACAUGUACCCCAGGAGGGGAGGUAGGGAGGAGGUACCCCUUAGGCCCCCGAGCAAUGGAAAAGCAAAGCACUUGGAGGCAAGAAGCUCUUCCUUCCAAGGUUCGAGGUAAGACUGCCUUCGGUCUGAUGUUUGCUGUCAAAGGCACCCCCCCCCCCCCCGCCACCUCCGAACUUGUCCCCCCCCGCCGUGCUCCUCCGCACCCCUUGGACUGGUGGAGGGGUGCGCUGCGUCCUUAGAGAUUUUGUGGACCAAUAGGAUAUGUGGUGUUGUGUAACUUUCUUCUUAACACUUAAGUAAAGGGUCUUGCUGCGUUCCACUUGUUGAGUCGUCUUGGCCUUCAUCUUAAAAGCCAGCAUCUCACUAUUUAUUGGCAAGGUGGAGUGUGUGUGUGUGUGCGCGCGCGCGCGUGUGUGUGUACAUUUCCAGGUGUGCCUGCAAUCUCCUGAAGUUUUUUAAAAGGAAACCCAGUCAUCCCACUACUAAUCUCUCAUCUUCUCGUGUGUCUGGUGUUUUGGCCAUACAUCAACAAAGGGUUUUAACUUUCCAACGCUGACAACAUGUUCAAGAGGGGCUGGGUCAAAUUUUGAGGGGGGCAUGGAGAGGGAGGGAAGAAGAAAUUGACAUUUAUUAUUUAUUUUAAAUGUUUACAUCUUUAUGUUGUUCCAAGCCUGAAUAGAAACAUAUAGCAUUAAAAUACUCCAUUCUUAUCUCUCUCUUUCACUUCCUUGUUUUUUUUUUAAUUUAGGAUAAUGAUGCUUUUUUGUUUCUACAGUGAUUUGUGAGUUGUGCUGUAUAAACUGUAUAAAAAAGUUCUGUUUUGAAAGUUUGUCAUUCCUCUGGGGACAGUGGUCGCUGAGAAAUCUACAUUGUUAGCAAACACCAGGCAAGAUCCUGUUCUAUUCCUCAAAGUGGAUUUUCUCUGUGUGAUUCAAGGUUUAUUCCAUUAAUUUUAGUUUGCAGUCAGUUGAGUUUGAGGAAGAAAAUAGUUGACAUUGUAUAAAGACUAGGUAUCAGGGUGUUUUCUGCAGUGGGAGAUGUAUAUAUAGUAUUUUGGUAUAUAGUGGACAAUGAUAAGCUUUGUGCACCUGUAUUUGAGAUAUGUCAAUGACGUGAAGUCUGCUAUGAGACCCUGGAGGCAAGCGAGUUGUACAAGGUUCCUAUAACUCUAUGGGGGGAAUUUAAUUACCUUUCUGGGCACCUUUUUCCUAUUUUUUUUUUUUUUUUAAGUAAUGGUGAAAUGGUCCCAUUGCGGAGUCUCCUAAACAGAGCUCUCCAGAGAGGACAUGAGAUCAAAAUCUUUGUAUAGUUUUGAAAAUUGAAGAGUAGCUCUUUCGGAAGCAUCUCCGCAGUGUUUCGUUGUUGUGUUGUUCUGUCGUUUUACUGUAUGUAAUACAAGCCUACAGUAUUUGCACUAAAGAAAGCUUGUUAGCAAAAGCUUGCUGCUAUGGAAGAAAGAACAUAUUAAACUUUUUUUCCCCCUUGCGUUUUUUUUUGUUUGUUUGUUGUUGUUAUUGUUGUUGUUAGCUUUUCCACUUUCUGUUGAGUAGCAUUUUGUAGAAUAAAAUGAAUUAAGAUGGAAGAGUCUCUCAUGGU